CGUAGCGGACUUCCUCGAGGGGCCCUGCGUGCUCACCCAACGGAUAGCAGAGAUGGGGUUCCAUGCUGACCUCUACAAGCCCGCGGACGGCUCGAAAAACCUGGUUUAUUACCAGAAAACCAUCGGGGAAGAACCGUUCUGCGGUUUUCAUUACCGGUUCGACAUUCACUUCGAUGAUCCAUGGAGAUCUGCGGAAGGGAGAGGGAGACUGUUUAUUACCCUCAUGAACACCGAGGGGAACGUGGAGAGACUGCAGCUGACUGCGGACGCGCAGGAGUUUCAUCCCGGUCAGGACUACCGGUUCACGGCGGUGGCUGGGUCGCCGAUGGGCACGCUGUCCGGCCUGUAUUUCGAGUGGGAGUACGACGCCGCUUGGUACAAGCCGUGGGAAUGGGACGUGUUCACCAAGCCGGACUUCUACGUGCACAAGAUUGAGGUGUACUCAGCUAAUGACUUAACGAGUUAUAUCAUGUGCGGCGCAAAGGAUCCAAUCAAGGCCAACAGAGAUGUAGCGGCUUUCUUUCCCGUGACCAAGUGUGACUGAUCGGCGUCGUCACUAGAGCAUGACAGGAGCGGCCACGCGACCAACCUGAUGACUGGAGCGUCACGGCUUGUUUAAUUAAGAAGAGAAAUAUUUCUACGAGGGGGCAAAAAUUCGAUGAAAUAAAGAAAAUCAAAG